AUGGGAAGCCGUUCAGUAUGCAUACAACCAGGCCCGGCUCAAUGUUUAAAUAAGCCGUUCAGCCUCGCACCGCCGUGCUUUGAAGCCUCAUUGCUAGUGAAGAAGAGCAAAACAGUUAGUCCCUUUUUUGUGAAUACAAAGAGGAAGCAAAGAAGCAGAGGCGUGAGAUGUAGCAGAAGCAUAAGUGACUUCAUCGGAGGAGACCUCGUGAAGCUAGACAUCGGUCGUUGGCUUGAGGAUGUGGAAGAGCACAAGGCAAUCGCUAUUUACACUCCUCAUGAAGGUGGCUACGAAGGUCGUUAUCUAAACCGUCUCAAAAACGAAGGCUACUACUUUCUUGAUAUCUCUGCUCGAGGGCUUGGUGAUCCUGAGACAACCCUCCUUAACCCCUACCCUGUUUGCCCUGCUCAUCUUGGGAAACAACCUAUAGCAAGGUGGUAUUAUCCACCAGAAGUUGACUACAGGCUCGCUGCUCUUCCUCCUAAUGCCAAGGGUCUUGUCGUAUGGGUCCUCGAAGCAAAGGUCCUCUCCAAGUCUGAACUUCAAUUUCUUGCUCUGCUUCCUUCUCUGCGUCCUAAUGUCAGGGUUAUUGCUGAAUGUGGCAACUGGAGAAAGUUCAUGUGGAAGCCCCUUGCGGAAAUUGCAAAUCUAGCUGCACAAGAGUAA